AUGUCGACAAUCUUCGAUGAUCUUAUUGAUGUGGUAAAAGCACAUCCAAUAAUUUAUGACGUACGUAUGAAGGGUUAUCAAAAACGAGGUUCAAGACGUGAGAAAGCUUGGCAAGCUGUUGCAAAGUGUAUGCAACAACGAGGACAUAAUAUUAAUGAUGAUGGAUGUCGUAGAAGAUGGAAUAAGUUGAAGUUUGCUUAUACACGAGACCGAACAUUAAGACGAAUUCAAGGCACUCCUCCUUUGAGGAGUUCUUGUGCAAAAUAUUUCGAUUCGCUUGCAUUUCUCAACCCAUUUCUUGAUGACUAUAAAGCACGUCCAAGGACAGUUCAACCGAUAGUUUUAGAUAGCGAAUCAGACGAUGGUUCUGCAAUUCAUUCAGCAGUGCUCGAAAGCGAGUCGGAAGAUGACAAUCCCCCGAAUAAUAGGUCACAUUUAUUGGCCAUGAAGACAGAGGAAGAUCGGUCUUUGGAAGUCAGAAAUAGUGAAUGA